CUUCAGGUAUACUGACAAGGGUGUCCCAGUGGAGGUGAUGCUACUUGACCUGCAGAUCGUUCGUCUCGCCUCGCUCGCCACCGACCUCAACUACGUGCUCCACACCAGCCUCGAAGGGCACACGAGGAGGGAGAAUCUUACAUCAUUCUUAGCAAUUUACUACGAACGCUUCACACAGGUCCUGUCAGCUGGUGGCAGUGCAGUGCCCUUCUCUCUAGAGGACCUCACGCAGGAGUACCGGAAUCACCUUGUCUAUGGGCUGAUAAUGUGUUUGAUGACUGUGGUUUUCAGCCUUGAUUGGCAAGAGGAUGCCAGUUACUCAGAGGGUGGGGCUGAAUUUCAGGAUCAGAGGAAUAAGAUUCUUAUCCGCGCGAUGACAGACAAACCACAGAUUCGCGAUAAAUUUCUGUUCUUAAUUGAUGAGAUGAUAGAAAAUAGAAUUAUGGCAUGAUUGUACAAUUGAUAUGACCUAUUAAAGCAUUUCUAUGAUGA